GCUGUAAAUGCAGCAUCUAGCUACCAUCAUGCUAAAGAGUUAGCCACGAAGCAAAGCAGUUUACAUGUAUUUAUGGCCAUGAGCCUCACUUUACUUUAUGCGUUGUGUUUAAUGAUUACAGGUGGUGUAAUUGGACACAAUACUGUUUACAACAGCGUGAUUCCAGUAACAAGUGAAUGUGGAGGAUUUCAUAAACGUUGGCUAGGCUUGAGAGCAACUAGCUAGCUAACGACUGUUAGCUAGCCAAAGCUAACUGUUUUGGCGAGCUACCUGCCAUAUUAUCUAUCCAUCUGCAAGAUAUCAGUCGACGUCUCGUCGUGGGACACUAAACAGGGAAAACCAUGGAUAAGGCGGAUUUCUUAAAGGGUCUCCCCGUUUACAACAAGAGCAACUUCAGUCGGUUCCAUGCAGACUCUGUGUGUAAAGCAUCGAACCGAAGACCGUCCGUGUACCUCCCGACACGUGAGUACCCCUCAGAACAGAUUAUUGUCACAGAGAAAACCAAUAUCCUCCUGCGCUACCUUCAUCAUCACUGGGACAAAAAGAACGCAGCGAAGAAGAGGGAACAGGAGCAAGGUGAGGGAGGGAGUCCAGCACCUCCACGCAAAAUCGCCAGGACAGAUAGCCAAGAGAUGAACGAGGACUCUUAGGAGUGUGUGUGUGUGUUUGUGUGUGUGUGUACGGAUGCGUGCAUCUGUGGAGGAAGCACAAGGACAGGCCCACCAUGACAGACAUGAAGACAAACAACCUGAGGAAGAGUCCGCCCUGGUCUGGGAAAGACUAAACAUUUUUUAUUUUUUGUUGUUGUUACCCCCAGUGUCCAGUGUUGUUCUCAGCUUCACUACCCAGCCUUGGCCUCAUGGGGGCACUGCAACAC